AUGAAGUUUCGCCUUCUCUUAGCGGUUGUUUCGUUCAUCGGCCUAGCCGGUACAACUACCUACGCUGACCAGUGCCAGGCCUGCAAGAGCAUCUUCAACUUUGUCUCUAAAGUCACCCACAAUGCCGACGAGAAUGUGAAGGGACAGCUUGCUGAUCUGUGCAGCGAGUACUCCAUGUCUGGAAAGCAGGCGAAAAGCUGGAAUACGAGCACUGUUUGCUACGAUAUCAAUGCUUGCAUUGACGAAAACGAUAACGGCAUUCGAGAGCUUCAGAAUAUUGAAGGAAAGGAGGACUGUGAUUUCUGCGUCUUUGUGACAACCAAAGUGAAAGAGAUCCUUUCUGGUAGCCCCACUGAGAUUGAGAUCAAAACCAUACUCGAGGAUGGCUGUCACUCACUGGGAAGCUUUGAGAAGGAGUGUCUGAGCUUGACUGAUGACUACGUCGAUCAACUGGUCGCCUUCAUCAACACGAAUUUCCAGCCAAGACAACUGUGCAAGUCGCUGAACGUUUGCGCCGCUCGAACUGGUCCUCUUUCGCCUGUAAACACGGUUCUGCUUCCAUCCGCCACUGAUCUGGCCAAUGUUCUUCCCCUUAACAUCACUUUGGAUUCUGAGACGGAAACUGAAGUAAAGUCGCCGGUGAGUGACAUCAACUGCGAUAUCUGCAAGAAGCUUGUCAAGAUUAUCCAGGCCCAGCUGAAGGACAAUGCCACUGACCAGGAGAUUCUCAAUGUCCUCACCGAAGUUUGCGAUCUUGCUCCCUCAAGCGAUCGUCAAAGCUGCAAGACUGUCGUCGCCGAUUACACCAAGCGACUGAUUCAGGUGCUCACUCAGGACAUUGACUCCAAUCUGGCCUGCACUAUGGUGGGUCUAUGCGUUCCUCAGAGCUUCCUGAACUACAUCAACGGUCACUACGUGAAAAAGCCGGAACUUCCCACUGUUGACCGAAAUGUUGUCUGUGUGGAGUGCCAGCUCAUCACCCACUUCCUCCAGAAUGAGUUGUACAACUACAAGAAUGAGGAGCAGAUUGAGGAGUUUCUGAUGAACCACUUCUGCAAGAAGGUGUCGUGGUACAUCAACGAGAACAGCUGUGACAACUUUGUCCAGCAGUACGGUCCUAUCAUCAUGCAGACUAUUGCUCAGGAAGUUUUUGAUCCGACCACCUUUUGCUUUAAGGAAAUUCAUGUUUGCCCUCGAACUAAGUUCACGAAUGACUUCACCUCCAACCACCACAAUGACCGCCGCUGCCAGAUGUGCCAGGAUAUUGUCAACAAUCUCAACCAGGUCGGAAGCCAAGACCUUGAAUUGGAUCCGUUGAUUGAGAAAUCUUGCGAUACUUUGCCGCAAGCUCACCGUGUCGAGUGCGCUCUCAUGAUGAAGGCUUUUGGUCCCUACUUCUUUGACGUGAUCAAUCACCAAGACAAUGCAAAGGAAAUUUGCAAGGUACCAUUUUUUUAUUGGCUAAANUUUGACGUGAUCAAUCACCAAGACAAUGCAAAGGAAAUUUGCAAG